AUGGCAUCACUACGUCCUAGUCUUGCUCUUGUACCAAAAGUUGUCGGUCGUCGACAAUUUAGUUUAAGUCAACGUAUGCGACUCAAAGACAAUUGGGAUCAAGAAGCCUUACCCGGCUCCAAUGUUCCUUUCAAUACAAACAGUAAAUGGGGUUUGGCUACAACUUUGAUUCUCUACAUAUCAUCAGCUGUAGCCGUUCCAUUCUUCGCCAUGCGUUGGCAAUUACUCAAGAAACGUGCUGGUUAA